AAUUUAUGUCCAACUGAGUCAAAACGAUGCUCUCUAUUCUUUUAAUGUUUAAAUGAUGAAUCAAAAAUGCUUCUUAUCAAAUGAUUUUGCAACCUCUGUAAAGUUUGUGUGGCCUUGUUUAACUUCUUAAUAAUAUAGAGAUGUUCUUAAAAUACAACCUUGUUCCAAAUGUUAGUUAUUCUAAAUGAGGAUGAAUUUAUCCAGAUGUUGUUGCUCAUAACCGCUCUAUUGUGUAAAAAAAAUUCCACUAGUGUUUUCUGCAGUCAAAUAAUUAUAAGUAGUGCUUUUUCACAGAAGAGUUUUCACAUUUGUAGCUUUAAAAGCUGGAGCUUUAUUUUCACCAACCUAUUUCAUAAUUGCAUUAAUGCUUGACCGAGGAAGCUCGGGUUUCUUAUUGCAGGAUUCAUCAUUGAUUAUUUUAGUGCUCAGAUUUCCAGGAGGAUGCUUAGAAAAGCUCAUGGCUGCAGGACAAGUUUUAUUUAUUUCAAAAUGUGAGCAUUUAAAUAAUAUAACUCUUAAAAUAUUACAUUGAUCAUUAGGUGUGUUACAAGUGUGAAAAUAUAUUUUUAAAUGCAUAAUUAGCGUGUAUCCUUUGGAGAUCUGUCUAAACUUUAGUGUCUAAAACUGUGUCUGUUUAGCUUCCUUUAUUCCACCAUGACAGGAAGCUGCGCUAUAUUUGGAAACAGUGCGUGGAGUGGGUUCACCAACCGGCGGAAACCGGCUUGAGGGGGAAAACUGACUUGUAGUUCGGUUUGGUGGCUGAGCACAAGACGCGCGCGCACAAAGGAUGAGUCAAGAUCAAUAAUCCCAGCAGUGAACCAAAAAUCUGUCUACUGCAAAAAAUAGUAUAAAGGAAAAAAACUUACAACGCUUCUGAUUUUGUCCUUGUCCGGGAUGUGGAUUGAAAAAUAAUCUGAUAAACUACCUGUGGAUCCAAAACUCUUGGUUUUGCCACCAGGUUGCAAGUUCAUAUAGGUUCUUUUAAAACCUUUCAGUGGAGCGCAGAUGGAGGAGGAGAUGCUGCUCGCCUCACCCGUGCGUUUGAAUGACAGACAUCUUUCCCAUCACUUCCCUUCAUGUGUCCCAGCCACACACCUCCAGAUGAUGGACGUGUUGCAGACACCUAUCAACGAGCUGCCAGCGCCUUGCUGUUUGGUUGUGGACUAAACAAACAGGAUUUGAAUUAUAGCCGGGUCCAAUUGAGCCAAUUGGAGGGGCUAAAAGUGACCUAAAACAUGCGUGAUUAUAAUGUUUUAUUGAAGAUUAAACCCGGAUGUAAAUAAAUGAACCCUGAUCUGAACCAUUUUUCUUUGUUCUGCUUCAUUCAACUGAAAUCUGUUCUCUCAUCUUCUGUUUGAGGAAGAGGCAGGGAAGAGGAGGAUAGAUGAGAGGAGAGGAGAAGGUUGGAGACUCUGAGGGAGGGGAGCAGGGAGCGGGUAAGGCGGAACAAUCCUCUCCAACCCUCUCUGAGCUCGGAUCCAUGCUGUAGCUGCUCGCCCGCACUGCAGAUUAACUCUUCCCGCGCCGGGAGACGCUGCAAGCCGCGGUGAGUAAAUUUUAUUCUCAUCAUCCCGCUGCCCGCACAUGACGCCGCGAUGUGAGGCUUGUCAGGUCCGGUUAGGAGCAGAUAGACAGCUGAUGCAGAUGGAGCCGUUGCACUCUUGUCUCGUGCUCGCGCGCACACGCACAUACUUCCCUGACACGGAGCGAUGCGCUGAUGUUUGGCAGCUCGCCGCCGGCUUUCCUGGAGCUGUCCGCCACUCAGGUGCUGAAGCAGCGCGUCAUCCGCACGCAGCUGCGGUUAAACUGUCAUCUCAUGUCUCCUCCUGGUCGCGAUCGUCCCGGACUCAUGGAGCCUUCAGAAGUCUGACCAGCUCUAGGACAUUAUGAUCUUUUCAUUUAACCUUUGUACUCUGUGGAGACUUGCUUGGGAACAGAGUCAUUCAUCACGUUUUUUUCUAAAUUGUGAAGCCAUGCGAUCACAUUUGUUUCCUCAAUGUCAGAGAACAAGUGGCGUUUCCCUCCUGAAAGUUCUCUCCUCCUCUGCCAUCAUCUAGUAAAUAAUAAACAGAGUUCUUCCGCUUUGAUCCUGGAGCCUAUAACUGUGUUUAUUUAUGGGUGCACUGGUUACACUGCAGCUAAAAAAGGCGGGAAUACCGGUGCAUCACCCGUCUGAGGAGUAGAGUCUGUCAGGACAAAAGCCAUGAAUCCCAGACAGCUCCAGAAAUGUGUCACUGCUCCUUUAAAUCUAAAUUAUGCAAACUUUACCUCUCCUCUGAUCACCCUUGAGGCAGUUUAAGGAUAAAGUUAGGAGCAGCCAGUAAAGAGGAGGGUUGCAUGCUUCGAUAUCUACAAAAGGAACAUCUUGUUCUCUAUCGUAAUUGCUAUGUUAAAUAUGAAACUGCUCCUAAAGGUUCCUCUAUUCCUGAUCACUCAUCAUGUGUGCCUAAGUCUGACUAGAGUGCACUAAUUGCCCCUUGCAUAACAGACUAAAGAUUCACCUCUCUAAGUUAUUAAAUAUAUCUCACGACCCUGGUUUAGAGAGCUAGGAUGAGCUGCUCCUUGUGUGAUCAGGGUGAAGAGGGCAGAAAAAGUGGAAGAGGACUAAGAACUGUUGAUGCAGCAGUGAUUUAUUCCCAUUCAUUCAUUUAACAUUCAUAUAACCUUCAUGUAAAAUGAGCAUGCUGCAGGCACUUGUCCUGCGCUCUGGUUAUGCAUACUGCAAACUUUUAUGAACACAUAAAAGCAUGAAGAGGUGGUGAUAUCACUGACAACGUCUAGGUAUGUGUGAAUAUUCUGUGUCACAUCAGCACCCAGGAGGGAUUCUGAUAUCAGGUUCGACUAAUCACCUUCUGUCUCACAACUUUUCCAUUUGUUUAUUUUAAUACCGGUGAAACAGAAUAGAAAAUAAAACAAUAAAAAGUCAUGUUCCAGCUUUAAUAUUUUAAGUUAGAAUUUCUAACCAUUUCUUUAUUUGUUCUUUUAUCCAAGAAACCAGACUUUAUCAUAAUCCCUUAAUGAUCAACAUGAAGGCUUUUCAGUAUUUUUAUGUAGAUUUUGGCUCCAUUUUCAUUUUUUGUUCAGCUCUUAUGCAUUUUGCAGUGAGUGUGUGUGUGAUGUGGGGUGUGUGUGUGUGUGUGUGUGUGUGUGAAGUUUAAAGAGGGGGCAAACGGAGGACAAAAACUAGCAGAUGAAAUGAAUCAGGAAGAUAUUUCUUUUCUCCUGAAUUUCACACGAGGAAAUUAAAUUUAGUUUUACGCUUACAAACUUUUAAACUCUUAGUUGAGCUUUUAGGACAUAAAGCACAAUUAUGCAGCACGUUGCUUGUUUUAGAUCAUGGACACAGCUGAUUUGUUUGGCUUACUGAUGAACCGCUCCUGUAGACACUAAUGAAAGCUGAGGAGACAUUUUAACUAUUAGAUUUGUCACAUUGCGAGCGGGAGGAGGUUAGGAGAACACCAGACGACACGAGGCAGGGGCGAAUUUAAAAAGUAAAAUCCUUUAUUUAGGAUGAUGAACCAAAAAUCCAAAAAGGGCAGGAAGCCAAUCAAAGACAGAGAAAUAAACAAAAAAGCUCACUUAUGAGCAGAGACCUGGGGGGACGACACAACGCUGACAAACAACAAUGGGCCGACACACAUUGAGAGACGAGACUGGGUUUUAUACACAGAGGGAAGCAAUCAGGGAAACAGGUAGCAGAUGUGUGGUGAGUGUGAACCAAAGUGACCAGGAGAGACUAAUUAACUAAGUGGGAGAGAAACACAUUGUACAAAAGGAAGAUACUGACUUAAUAGCAUAAAUGUACAGAGAACUAAAGGUAAGCAAACUAAUAAACCUGAAACUAGAGACACCUGGGGGGAAACCAGGAGGGAGCUGGGGACCAAAAGGGGCACAGAAGACCAGGGGACACACGAGGGGAACCUGGAGGAGGCUGGGGACCACAAGGACACAGAACAUGACAAGAUUAAGUUGUUAAAAAGACGAAAGCACUGAGAGGAGAUCCGUUUUUUCCUUUUAGUUCUACUAAGUGUGCACUACGGGGUGCUAAAAGCAAGCAAAUCUACAAAUUGUUCUUUUAAAAGAACGUCUGCUUCCUGAAUAUAAGACAUGAAGAAAGACGGGAUGACGCAAGCCUUAGUCAGUACUGUGUGUGCUAAUAAGAUACAUCAUUGAAAUAAUCAUACACAAAAACACAUUUUUAUUGCUCCCAACUUCUUUUUUGUCUUUCAGGAUGGGAUUGGUGGGAUCAUUUCUAUACUAAAGCUCACAUAACAACUCCUGAGCCCACAAUUCCUCUCCCUGGGGAGAACAAGAACUCCCCCUAAACUCGGCUCAUUCCUCAACCUGCCACACACAGAACUCUUGGACCAAGGUCAGACUCUUUAGAGUCAGAGUAAAUCACAGAGAUGCUCACCAGCACCUGCUCUUCUAUAGGAGAUGACCUUCGUGCAACUGCAAGAGAAUCUAAGCUCUGAAAAUCUCAAAUCUGAUUCACCGCUUUGCCUCAAAUGGUGAGCAGGGCUGAUGCUGUCCACACAUUCUUGUGUGUGUCUGCUUCAUAUUGUUCUGACAAGACCCUAACCGCACCAGGAAGCAUCCAGUCUCACCUCUGUCCCAGAGGGGCGUCGUAGACUCUCUCCUCGUUCCGCAUGCAGAACAUCCUCGACCAAAACCUAGACAUGGCCACAGCGCUGCUCGCUGGUGAGAAGCUGAAGGAGCUCAUCCUGCCGGGCUCCUCUCAGGAUGAGAAGGGCGGGGCACUGGCUGGCCUAAUGGUGCAGCUUAAACUGGAGCUACCCUUUGACCGAGUCGUUACCAUAGGAACGGUCAUCAUCCCCAUCCUCCUGGUCACUCUGGUCUUUACAAGGAAUUUUGCAGAGGAAUCCAUAUACUGUUACACACCACACAACUUCACCCGAGACCAGGCACUGUAUGCGAGAGGCUACUGCUGGACGGAGCUUCGUGACGCUACUCCUGGUGUGGAGCCUCACCUCUGGCCUUCCCUGUUUGAACACAAGUUCCUGCCCUAUGCCCUGCUGGCCUUUGCUGGAAUCAUGUACAUUCCAGCUUUGGGCUGGGAAUUCCUCGCCUCCACUCGCCUCACUUCAGAGCUCAAUUUCCUGCUUCAGGAGAUUGAUAACUGCUACCAUCGAGCUGCAGAAGGUCGAGCUCCUAAAAUAGAAAAGCAGAUCCAGUCGAAAGGACCGGGCAUCACUGAGCGGGAGAGAAGAGAGAUCAUAGAAAACGCUGAGAAAGAGAAAAGCCCUGAGCAGAAUCUGUUUGAGAAAUAUCUAGAAAGACGAGGCCAAAGUAACUUUUUGGCUAAGAUUUACCUGGCACGCCACCUGGCUAUCAUCUGCCUCAGUUCAAUCCCAAUUUCCUACCUGAGCACCUACUAUGCUCGCCAAAGGCAGAAUGAGUUCACCUGUGCAUUAGGUGAACCGCCAGAUAUAAGCAGCUAUCAGGAGCUAAAACUCAGGGUAAACUGCAAGCUGCCUGCUGUGCAGCUGCAGCGCAUCAUGGCAGCGGUGGACUUAGCCCUGCUUUGCACGAUGAACUUCAUCAUCCUUCUAAACAUGCUAUAUUUGUUUGUGGUGCGCAAGUCCAACUUUGUGUUUGACAAACUGAAUAAAGUUGGGAUCAAAACGCGUCGGCGCUGGCAGAAGUCCCCGUUCUGUGACAUCAACAUCUUGGCCAUGUUCUGCAACGAGAACAGGGACCACAUCAAGUCUCUAAACCGACUGGACUUCAUCACUAAUGAGAGUGACCUCAUGUAUGACAACGUUGUCAGGCAGUUGUUGGCUGCGCUCGCACAGUCCAACCAUGACGCCACGCCCACUGUGAGAGAAUCUGGGAUACAAACAAUCGAUCCCAACAUGGACCCUUCGGACCUCACAAUGGGAGAAAUGGGUGGAGAGCCGCUGGUCAUCAAGAGGCCACGCAAAAAGAUGAAAUGGAUUCCGACGUCGAACCCUCUUCCUCAGUCCUUCAAGGAACCGCUCACUCUGACACGUUUGGAAAACAACACCAAGCCUGAGAAGCCCAAACCACUCAGACGCAAAACUGUGGCAGACAGUCUAAUAGCACCACUGCUGGAUAGCAAAGGCACACAAUACCCUUCUACAAAAGCAGACCUGAGUGGCGUGGACAAAAAGCACACACGAAACUUCUCCCUGGAUGUCCAUCCGUACAUGCUGUCAAAUCGUAAGCCCAAGGUGGAGCCUGUGACCUCCCUGCCACCAGAACACAACAUGGACACAGUUUACCUUGAAGGCACACACACCAUUGUUCAUGUGUCCUGUGCACUUACAGAAACAAAAGUUUGCUCUCCAGAAUCGACCAACACUGCCUUUUCUACAGAAACUCUGCCCACCACCACAUAUGUGAAUGGCGUGAGCCCAAACCCUCCCUCUAGUGAGGAUCCACUCAGUCCAAAGUCCUCCCCACCACAAACGGAGCCUCUCACCCAAACGGAGAACCCUGAUCCUCAGCCACCGCUGCUGACCAAAGCACCCCCACACCAGCUAUUGAGCAUUCAUCACACUCUUUUUGAAGAAGACGAGGAUCAAGAAAACACAAGAGACAGAUUGGCAGAGAGACCCAGAGAGCUCAUUGCUGCUGGAGAAUGUUGAAGAUUCUCUCCUGCAAACCAUGAACUCUACAAUCUUGACUACAAUGUCGAUCGACCCCAAACAACCUCUCAUCCCCACUUUUUCUCCUCAUAAUAACAUACACACUUUAUAGAGGUAGAAUGGGCUGGCUGCCAAGCUAGAAACAGAAUGAAAAAGUGUGACUGUAAAACAAAAAAAUAACUUUUCUGUGCCGAAAGGUGGAAUAUGCGUGCUUGUUCAUGUAGCUCAAUGCAUUUCUGUAGGAAAUGAUGUCUCAUCCAUGUCUCAGGAUGGCUGUGUUUAGCUUGUGUUUAGCUGAUCACGCUCCAAUGAAACCAGCAGUGAUUUAUUUCAACAGGGUGCUACAGUGCAGGGUCAAACAGCUGUAAGGAAAAGGCAGGAGAACGCUGAAUGAAUGAGCAUUCUAACAUAAAAACAAUAGUGGCAGACACUUUUUAAUUAUGACUUCAGACACAAUUUUAAACACAUGAAAAUGCUUGUGUCCCUUUAUCCCACUUUAGCCAAGUAGAAAGGUAGCUCGUGCAAUACAGUUGUUGAGGUCUGCACAACUAAUAUGCAAAAGAUCACAAUAUAUUUGUGGCAAUAAUGGAUGCGCUUAGAACAUCAUUCUCCAUAAAUAUGCUUUACAUCUGUAGGCGCUGUAUAUGUGGCGUGUUUAAAAUAUAAAAUGUUUUUAUGGCUUUUCAUUGUCAUCUCACGAUUGCUAUGGAUACUUGACUACAUGUGCACAUGAUUAAUAAUCACAAAUUGGCUCACGUGAAGGAAAAACUUAAACAGUCUAGAUAAUGUAUCAGAUCUUGCCAAUAAGGGAACAUUUCAAUGAAGAAGGAAAAAAAACAGGUAUGGUGUGUGCUGCUAAUUUUAGGGGCACUUUAUUGUGAGGAAUGGAAGAAUACUUACAGGUAAAUAACUUUUUUGGCCUUCUGGUGGCUUCCCUCCAGAGUGGUGUUGCGCAAAGUGAACAAGGCCAUUUCAAAUGACGAAGCUUGAUUAUUGGUUGUCCUUGCACAAUCUGCAAUUCACUCAGUAAAGGAAACCACAAAACUGAGGACUUUAAGAAAAAAAGUAUCUGAGACUUAUUUUCACAGGAACCACAUUAGUGGGAGGUGGGAGCCUGUCACAAUCCUCCAUAUGCAUUUCUGCACUCAAGAAGUUCAGUAAAGGAAGAAUAUGUAUUUUCUGGCACAUUAACAUGGCAUCUGUUGUAAAAAUACAUAUACAGCACUGUUGUUGGUCUAUAUAUUGUUCACCUGAUUUUCUAGGGCAUUAAAUGCACACAUUGUGGCUUAGAUAGGAAAACUGCACUUUUCCCACUCAUAGUUUAGCUGAUAAUCUGACUUUUAAGGCUGCCUCAGAACCCCUUUGGUAUACAACUCAAGCACACCGAAAUGCAUCCUCAAGCACUUUAAGACUAGUAGCACUAGUGAGUGUAAGAGCACGUUGUAACACAACUCGGCCUAAAACUCAUUUCCUGUGUUGAUUUUAAGGCUGUUGAAGAGAUCAACCUCUGCCAGUAAACACUGAAUACAGACUCUGAUUGUAACCUGUGAAAUGUUGUAGUACAAAUACAUUAAAACAG